AUGGAGUCCCUCGUUCAGCAAGGUGUUCAAAUACAGACAACUGCUCUAGCUACUACCAGUGCGAAGGAGGAUUGCCACAUUAUAGGGAAUGCGAGGAGGGGCAGAUUUUUUUCUGAUGGACGCUGCGUUCCUGGAUAUUGCGGAGAUACGGAAGGUACCACUGAAGGUAGUGCUAGUACUGUUAGCUCUUCCACUGUGGUAACGGAGUCUUCUACGCCCCUCACGACUUUCGAAUUGACUACACAUCAAACACCAACCACUGUAGAUUUGGAGACUUCUACGAUUAUUGGCACUACAACAUCCGACGCAGCUUCAACAGUUGUCACAGUGACAUCCACGAUCGUAACAUCAGAAGCGACGAGCAACCCAAGUACUGAACUUCACACUUCAACGCAACCUGUAACUCCAUCGACCAUCACAACGUCGGCCAUACCAGAAGUGACUAGUACAACUCAAACUGAAAGUUCAUCUACAAUGACUACAGAUGAGACAACUGAAUCCAACACUUCGACAGGUAGUUCUUCAACAGAAACCACUAGCGUGACUUCGGCCAUCGCUCCAGAAUCAACUCCGAAUACGGAAUCGUCUAACCUGACUUCACAAAUUACAACAAAAACCACUGAUUCUACCCAGGGUUCUUCAACUGUCGCCACUUCAUCCACCACGACUGCUGAAUCGCCGACCAUGACCACCGCAUUUACCACCGAUUCGAGCACCCCAACCCAACCCGAAAAUCCACCGACGACGGAUACAUCGGAAUCCACCAGCUCUACGCCAACCGAGCCACCGUCUACGGAUCCGGCCGUCGUUUGCCACGGCACCGGUAUAGCGCUGUUCCCUCACCCGUACCGCUGCGAUCAGUACUUUGUGUGUAUUUUUGGCAGUGGAAGCCUGGCGACUUGCGACGGUGGGCUGUUGUUCGAUAGGAAAUCGAUGGUUUGCGUGCCGGCCGAAAGGGUCACCUGCUCGGUCAAUUGACUGACACGUGAUUUGAUGCUUUCCAGGGCUUGAGUUUUGUGCAAGUAACUUAUAUUUAUGUCUAGUGGCUUGUCAGGUGUUCCUUACGUAUCGAAUAAUUAUUUCGAAUAAAUAAAAUGUAGCACUAAGAUUAUAAAAUCAAAGCAUUUUUUAUUCAAGAGUUACAAAUGAUGCAAUCAAAAUCUAAAACUUGUCUUUUCUGCAUACAUUUGAUCAUUUUUCUCAUACUAACUUCAAGCUCGCAUCCCCAUAGGCUUGAUGGAAUUGAACCAAAAUUUUACUGAAGCAUGUGGGUAUCAGAAUGAGCAAAUUCAGAAGGUAUCUCUCGAGCUUUUUUAAGUGCGUGGCUGUAUGGCAACGCUAGUGUUGUCAACAUAAAAAAAUAGUUCUUUACAGCUUUCGAGAGAAAAUUGUAUCUAGCUUGCCUGCUCCCAGUGUUGGCAGCAGUGUGCGCUCUUAAAACGUUGUAUUUAAUCGUAUAGGAUGCAUUGCCAUAAAAAUCAAAAGUUAUGACAAUAUUCCGGCCACUGAAUCAAAUUUCAACCAUCGCGCAACAAUAAUGACAAUGUCGCAACCUGCAUUUGUUGCGACAAUCCAACCAAUUCGACAUCGAUUUACCCCAACUUGAACAGAAUGAGAUACACCACGAGGUUAGAAAUAUUCAAGCCGUGCAUUGUGAUUGUAAGUGGUAACCGAGUUGAUAAACAUUGGAUCUCUAUGGAAGAAUCUCAAUCGAAUAGUUUUGAUUUUGGAUUCGUAGUAUAAUUGAUUAUUCACGAGCUGAGAACGCAACAAAAUUAGCUUCCGUUUUGUCACUAACAAAAAAAGUCGAGGACAUCUCGAGCUCUGUUAAAAAUUAGGAUAAAGGAUAAUUGCCACACCUUCUUUGCUGCUUGUUUUGUGUCUCAGUUGUCCGACAAUUCUCUUCUCAGAUUCAAAUAAAAAAUAUUCUUGCCAAAUGGCUCGCUUUCAUUAGCGUCGCCAAGUAACUUUUAGGCGUGAAAAAUCGACUCGAUUUAUUUUGUUUCCGCCCAUUUCGUUUUCAUCGUGUCUCAACGUCAAAACAACUGCAUGGCUUAAAGUGUAUUUAUCACAUUCAGGUAUAACCAAAAUUAAUAAAUAAAUGACGUUACUGUGAUUAUUAACCCUUCAGCGCGCGCUGUUGUAAAAAGUACAACACUACCAAAAAACCUCGCUUUUCGUAUACAGCGCGAGCGCGGUGCAGUUUCGGUUGCUUGAUGGCGCGCGUCCUGGAAGGUUAAAUAUCUUAGAUUUUCAAAGUUUGUUUCAUUUGCGGAUAAUAAUUUGUUGUUUUCGACAACUAUGAAAAUAAUAUAGUAUACGUACCAAUAUUUUUUGCACAUACAAGCUGUGAUAUCGCAUUAUUACGAGUUAUUACCAAUUGUUCUUAUUAAAUCUAUUCAUAUAAUAUAUUUUACUUACUAUAACUAAUGGAUCAUGUACCCUAAUAACGGUUUCAAAAGAUAAAUAGUUUUGGAUUUGUCUCUAAAGUAUUUCUUAAUUGAAAAUAAAAUCUAUUUGCGAAGAAAUCUUUGAGUUGGCGUACCUGUCUCAAAAAUACUUUGCUCUUCCAUGUCAACACGGUUGAAAUUUUCCGUGUAAAAAGUGUGACUUCUACCGCUAGGUGUCGCGACCAGCAGCAUGAACUUUUAAUCAAUUUCUGAAUUCGGCGAUGACCUUCUCUUCUCUGCCUUUUGUCACAUUCGUCGAGUGUAUCACAAGCUGAGUACAGACCUCUCAGUAACUCACGAUAAAAUUCCAAACAAGGCACCGCCGGUUGGCAGUACCAGCGGCGUCAUGGGCGAUUUGAAAUUAGUAUAUGGUAGUACUAUUCAAUCAAUCCAAUUGAAUAGCAUGUGAAAAGAGCAUGUAAUGCCUCUUUAAUAUUAAUGGAACUUUCCUUCAAUUUGAUUUGGCAAUGUUUUAAAUUCUAAAUAAAAUUAAAUUUAUCCCAGAUCCAGAUUGGAUACUAGCAUAGACUAAUUUCAAGACCUCGAUGUACCAAAGAAAAUGAUCAAAUUUUGUGUGUCCAGUCCGGUACCCAAUAAUAUUCAUUACCGUGUAUUUUUUUCGUGUAAAUUGCAUUU